AUGGCCGCUAUGGUGAUGAAGUCGUCUGUGGCCACCGCUGUGGUGCGCCCUGCUCGCAGCAGCGUGCGCCCAUGCGCCGUGCUGAAGCCGGCUGUCAAGGCUGCCACGGUCACUGCUCCGGCUCAGGCCAACAAGAUGAUGGUCUGGACUCCGGUGAACAACAAGGCAAGUAUGUACCAUACGGAUCUGCUCCAUCUCCCUUGCUACAAUACCAAGAAUCCGUGUUUCUUUCAAAGUGGUCGUGGGUUUCGUAACCCGCAUGGUAUUCGCUUUCUCACGGCACGGUGGCUAAGGUGGUUCGCUGCCUGUAAACGCCCUCCAGGCUGGAUCCCUUGCCUGGAGUUCGCUGAGGCCGACAAGGCCUACGUGUCGAACGAGUCGACCGUUCGCUUCGGCCCGGUCUCCUGCCUGUACUACGACAACCGCUACUGGACGAUGUGGAAGCUGCCCAUGUUCGGCUGCCGCGACCCGAUGCAGGUGCUGCGCGAGAUCGUUGCCUGCACCAAGGCCUUCCCGGACGCCUACGUGCGCCUGGUGGCCUUCGACAACGUGAAGCAGGUGCAGAUCAUGGGCUUCCUGGUGCAGCGCCCCAAGAGCGCCCGCGACUGGCAGCCGGCCAACAAGCGCUCCGUCUAA